AUGCCAGGGACUCAUCUUCUCCCCCCAAAUCUCCUCAAACUCUUCGCACCUCGACCACCUCUUCCUUAUGUUCGUCCAGUUGGAAAAGAUGUCGACCGCAUUCGGUCAAAAGCAGUUACGGGUGUUGCAAACAUCCUAGCCCAACUCAAAGAAGCUCAAACUGAAGACAUGAUCAACGCUGCAGGAAAUGAAGCAAUGGAAGAAGGCGAAGAGCCCGCUUAUACCUACGCUGAGGAGGUGAAACGCCAAAUUCGACGAGAAGAACGCAAAAAACAAAAGUCUGAGGAGUUCAAAAUCGCCAAGGAUGGAUAUAAACCUUCCGAUGACCUGGAAGCUGUUGGGGAUCCGUACAAGACUCUUUUCAUAUCUCGUCUGCACAAGAAUGCAACAGACCAGGACCUUCGACGCGAAUUCGAAGGAUACGGUACGAUCGAGCGGGUAAGAAUUGUUCGCGACAAGAAACAGCGCAGUAGAGGUUAUGCAUUCAUCGUCUAUGAACGAGAGCGGGACAUGAAAGCUGCUUAUAAGGAGUCGGACGGCCUGCACAUCAUGGGGAAACGCAUACUUGUCGACGUAGAACGGGGUCGCACUGUUCGAGGCUGGAAACCUCGUCGAUUGGGUGGCGGAUUGGGCGGUCGCCCCAAACGGCCUGAGCCGGCUGUCAAUCGAGGACCACCAUCACGGGGUGGGAUGGGGGGCAAUCGUGGUUUCGGGGACAGGCCAGGAUUUGGUCGUGGUGGAGGUGGAGGUGGUGGCUUUCGGGGGGGUCGUGGUGGCGGGUUUUCCGGUGGACCGCCUGUUGACAGAGGUUAUGGUGACCGAUUCAGUGAUCGUGACCGUGGGAGCCACGGUGACAGACCAGGAGGGUAUGGCGACAGAGAUCGUGGUGGCUUCAGAGGCAACGACAACGGAUUCAGAGGCAAUGAUGGGGGCUUCAGAGGUGGGGGAAGCUUUCGCGGCCGAGAUGACGGUUUCAGAGGUAAUAAUCGCGGAGCGGGUAUUGGGUUUGGUGGCCAAGGGUUUGAUAAUGCACCUAACGGUUAUGGACCUCCUCCAGGUGGUGGCUAUGGGCCUUCCGCUGGCUCAUAUGGUGGCGGCUAUCGCGGGGACCUCAAGCGAGAAGGUCCUGGUGGGUAUGACGAUAGAGAACCGAAGCGGCCAAGGUAUUAA